AUGUUUUAUCCCCUCGAGUUGCCACGGCCUCGACAGCCUCUUCAUGGAGAGAGGUUUGGAUUGAUCGGCGCGCAGCAGCAGGAGUCACAGAACUCCAGGGGGAAUAGUUCUGCAAAACUAUGGCGACUCCUUCUUCCCUAUCUCAAGGAGUACACGGCGAGCUCCUCGGUACAUGGCAUACGAUAUCUGGCCGAUCCCAAGCUGAAAAGCUUCGAGAGAAUAAUUUGGCUGCUGAUUCUGGUGGCCACCAGUAUUGGUGCCAGCAUUGUGUACGUGGAUCUCAGUGAGCUCUACCAGUCGGUGCGUAUUCAGACGACCAUCAAGAACACAAUGUAUCCGAUAUUCGCAGCGCCGUUUCCUGCCAUUGGCAUAUGUCCGCGCAACCGCAUCAAUUGGCACAAAUUGGAGAACGAAGCUCCCAAUCACUUUCUGGGUCCAAACAUCUCCGACACACAAAAGGAGCUCUUCAUUCGCUUCUUUACGGCUGCCUCCGACUCGCAUCUGACUCGUAUGAGAGAGAUGACGAGCUUUUUCAGCAAUGCCACGCUAGCUGCGGACCUGCACCUGCUGGAUGGCUUAGAUGUGGCAACCGUCAUUGAGUAUGUCCAUCUGGAGUGCAGCGACAUCUUCUCCUCCUGCCAAUGGAGAGGCAAUCCGAUGAACUGCUGUGAGAUUUUUGAGUUGGAGUUCACAGAAUCGGGCCCCUGUUGGGUUUUCAAUUCACUUCUCAGCCCGGCAAUGAAACAGAAAGCGAAGGAGAGCAGAUAUUAUCCCCGUCGCACACCCCUGUAUGGCGAGGGCACUGGCCUGGAUGUUUUCAUGCGGCUCAACAAGUCUCUUAUUCGGCCCAAUAAGCGGGGCGUGUACUUGAUGAUCAAGCAACCGCAACAGUGGAGCGAUGUGGUGCGCCAUGUACCACAUGAGUCCCACACCCGUGUCAGCAUGGUGCCCCGUCUGACGACCACGGAUCAGCGCACCCGUGCCGUGUCGCCGAGCGUCAGACGCUGCAUCUUUGCCGAUGAGAUUCACCAUCCCAAGUACAAGAAUCUGCCGGGCUUUGAGUACUGGUUUGGAAACUGUCGCAGCAAGUGCCACCAGGAAUAUGUCGUCAAUCUGUGCAAAUGCUCGCCCUCUGUUUUCUUUCCGGUAACCAAUAAGGAUAAUUUUACUGUCUGCAAGCCAUCGGAAUUUAAGUGUCUCUACGAAAACAGACACAUUUUUAGUGAGGAACGGCACCCCCUUGAGAAUGAAUACGUGGACAAUCUGUACAAGGAGAGCAUGAUCUGUGACUGCUUCAUUAGUUGCACUCAGCUAAUCUUCGAGCGAGUAUUCAGUUCCAGCAGCUUGGAUAAUAAUGAAACCGAAACAGAGGCGGGUACCAUGCGCCUGGAUAUUUUCUAUCAAUCGGGAUGGUUUAUCCAGUAUCAGAGCAAUAUGCGUUUCACCUUUGUGGAAUUGCUGGCUAGUUUCGGUGGAAUAAUUGGCCUCUUUUUGGGCGCCUCACUGUUGAGUGCCUUUGAGCUGGUCUACUACUUCACCAUUGGCCUCUAUUUAUAUUUGCAUGGGCAGAGGAAACUGGACCAGCAGCCGCCUCCAGUCAUUACCAUACCCUUUGGACAGCGAAAGAUUACGCCAGUCAAGUAUUUACGUUAA